AUGUCUCUCACAAUCAUCUCUCCGGAAUUAAGGGGAAAUAAAGGUUUAUGUGGUUCAGUCGAAGGUUUCCCUCCUUGUAGAAAGAGAAACAGAUUCGUGCACUUGGGCACCAUUUUGUUUGUCAUCAUCAUUUCCCUUGCCUUCUUAAUCCUUGGAACUGUUUUCUUCUGCUGUAAAAAGGUUAGAAAAAAUACGGAAGUUGAAGAAAGGGCAAUCAAGAAGGGAAAUCUAUUCUCAGUGUGGAAUUAUAAUGGACGCAUUGUGUAUGAAGAUAUAAUUAAAGCAACUGAUAACUUCGACAUUAGACACUGCAUAGGGACCGGUGGUUAUGGCAGUGUUUAUAAGGCACAACUACCGAGUGGUGAAGUUGUUGCAUUGAAGAAACUUCAUAAGCUGGAAGCCGAGGAACCAGCUUUCGACAGGAGUUUUAAGAAUGAGGUGCAGAUGUUAACAGAAAUAAGGCAUCGGAACAUAGUCAAGCUUUACGGAUUCUGUUUGCACAACCGUUGCAUGUUCCUAAUUUACGAGUACAUGGAAAGAGGCAGCAUAUUCUAUGCCCUAAGAUAUGAUGAUGAAGCAGUGGAAUUGAAUUGGACCAGGAGGGUGAACAUUAUUAAAGGUAUUACACAUGCUUUGUCUUACAUGCAUCAUGAUUGCAAUCCACCAAUUAUUCACCGCGACAUAUCAAGUAGCAACAUCCUGUUGGACUCGGAAUCGGAGGCAUUUGUCUCUGAUUUUGGCACUACUAGAUGGCUAUAUCCGAAUUCAUCAAACCAAACUGUACUUGCAGGCACUUUUGGAUAUAUCGCUCCAGAACUUGCCUACACCAUGGAAGUGAAUGAAAUGUGCGAUGUUUAUAGCUUUGGGGUUGUGGCGCUAGAAACACUCAUGGGAAGGCAUUCGGGAGAACUUCUCCAAUCACUUGCAUUAGCAUCUACUCAAAAUAUAAUGCUAAAUGACGUGUUAGAUGAGCGCCUCCCAGCUCCAGAGCGUGGAGUAAUUGCACGGGAUGUUGUUCUGGCUACUACCUUGACAUUUUCUUGUUUGCGUUCUGAACCAAAGUAUCGUCCAACAAUGUUGCGCGUCUCUCAGGAGUUUCUUGCUUGCAAAUAUUCACUAACUAAACCUCUACAUAAAAUUUUACUGGGGCAGUUGAUGAAUCAAGAUAUAUGUUUGAUCAAAUAAUCCUAUAAUCUUUGUAUUAGUGACUACAAAAUAUAGAAUGAUAGGGUUCAUUUUUUGCUUGUUGGAUUUCGAAUCCUAGGCUAGUUAUUUGAC